AUGGAAGAAUCAAAAAAUAGCAGCGCUAUAGCCAAACUUCAAUAUCUUUUGAACUUAGCAUGCAGCACAGCUCAGCCGACAAACGUAACUCUAAGAGACUCUUGUAUAUCCUGUUUCUCAAGAGUCACAGCUAUGCCUGAGGGUCCUCAAGAAUUAAGUGCGUUGAGUGUUUGCGCUGUACAGUAUUUUACGAAUACUUCGUAUGCAAGUUGUGCAACGGCGCUUAUGGCUUUGUCAACCUCAGCAUUAAAUGUUCAGCCUUCCGGAUGUUAUAUGGGUUACUGUGAUUUUGUUAGAUGUUUACGGCGGACGAAUUCUAAUAAUUUGAUAAUUCAGUGCACUAGAGAAGCACGUACUGGUGUAAACAUAACUCUGGACAGUGACAAUGUCAAGUUUUACACAAACGUGACUUCGUGUAUUUUGGCAAAAACGCGAUGCGGUAGUUUUAAUCCAAUUACUGGAGAACCACAAACUCCUGGAUACACUUCUACAGGUGUGAGAGUAAGCAAUUCGCUACAAUUCUCCACAGCUGGUGAAUUGAGAGUGAUAGCCUUCCCAGCAACAACGCCAAUUUCAUCUUCUUUUUGUUCAUCUUCAAAUAAUUUAACCCAGUCUGAUUGGUUGACUAAUGUGUGUUAA